UGCGCCAGAGGCCGCUGCGCGCUCCGGUCCUCCGCUUGCUGCUCGCCCCUUCUCCUUCUUCUUCCUCCGCGCUCCUCCGAUCCGUGCACGCAGCUGUUGUCGCCAUGGCCGCGCUCACCCGGAAUCCGCAGUUCCAGAAGCUACAGCAGUGGCACCGUGAGCACGGCUCUGACCUCAACUUGCGCCGCCUUUUCGAAGGGGACAAGGAACGCUUCAACCACUUCAGCUUGAACCUCAACACCAGCCACGGGCAUAUUCUUGUGGAUUACUCCAAGAACCUUGUGACCGAGGGUGUGAUGCAGAUGCUGCUAGACUUGGCCAAGUCCAGGGGUGUAGAGGCUGCCCGGGAGCGCAUGUUCAAUGGCGAGAAGAUCAACUUCACCGAGGAUCGAGCGGUGCUGCAUGUGGCCCUGAGGAACCGGUCGAACACACCUGUUCUGGUGGAUGGCAAGGAUGUGAUGCCAGAGGUCAACAGGGUCCUAGAGAAGAUGAAGUCUUUCUGCCAGCGUGUCCGAAGUGGUGACUGGAAGGGGUACUCAGGCAAGACCAUCACAGACGUCAUCAACAUUGGCAUCGGCGGCUCUGACCUGGGACCCCUCAUGGUGACCGAAGCCCUUAAGCCAUACUCAGCAGGAGGUCCCCGAGUGUGGUUUGUCUCCAACAUUGAUGGGACCCACAUUGCCAAAACCCUGGCCACCCUGAACCCCGAGUCAUCCUUAUUCAUCAUUGCCUCUAAGACCUUUACCACCCAGGAGACCAUCACAAAUGCAGAGACAGCAAAGGAGUGGUUUCUCCUGUCGGCCAAGGAUUCUUCUGCAGUUGCGAAGCACUUUGUUGCCUUGUCUACAAACACAGCCAAAGUGAAGGAGUUUGGCAUUGACCCACAAAACAUGUUUGAGUUCUGGGAUUGGGUAGGAGGACGCUACUCGCUUUGGUCAGCCAUCGGACUCUCCAUUGCCCUGCAUGUGGGAUUUGACAACUUUGAACAGCUGCUCUCAGGGGCUCACUGGAUGGACCAGCACUUCCGCACAACACCCCUAGAGAAGAAUGCCCCUGUCCUGCUGGCUCUGCUGGGUAUCUGGUACAUCAACUGCUUUGGGUGUGAGACGCAGGCCAUGCUGCCCUAUGACCAGUACCUGCACCGCUUUGCUGCCUACUUCCAGCAGGGUGACAUGGAGUCCAAUGGGAAGUACAUCACCAAGUCCGGCACUCGGGUAGACCACCAGACGGGCCCCAUUGUGUGGGGGGAGCCAGGGACCAAUGGCCAGCAUGCCUUCUACCAGCUCAUCCACCAAGGCACCAAGAUGAUACCCUGUGACUUCCUCAUCCCGGUCCAGACCCAGCACCCGAUAAGGAAUGGUUUGCAUCACAAGAUCCUCCUGGCCAACUUCUUGGCCCAGACUGAGGCCCUGAUGAGGGGGAAGUCGACAGAGGAGGCCCGAAAGGAGCUCCAGGUCGGAGGAAAGAGUCCAGAGGACGUUGAGAAGCUGUUGCCACACAAGGUCUUUGAAGGAAAUCGCCCAACCAACUCUAUUGUGUUCACCAAACUCACGCCAUUCAUUCUUGGAACCUUGAUUGCCAUGUAUGAGCACAAGAUCUUCGUCCAGGGCGUCAUCUGGGACAUCAACAGCUUUGACCAGUGGGGAGUGGAGCUGGGAAAGCAGCUGGCUAAGAAAAUUGAGCCUGAGCUUGAUGGCAGCAGCCCAGUGACCUCUCACGAUUCUUCCACCAAUGGGUUGAUCAACUUCAUCAAACAGGAGCGUGAGGCCAGAAGCCAAUAAACUCCUGCCAGGCUGUAGUUCCCUAUUGUGACUGGUCCUUGUCUGCGCUCCCCGGAGUCUGCGCUGCACGGUCCUGCCCAGAGUGCCCUCUGGCAGUGAGCUUGGACCACAGCCCUUGGGGGAAGCUGGUCUGGAAUUGCCACUCUUGCCCCUUCACGUCCACACACCCAGUGAAGUGCUUCUGUGCAGCGGACUUCCCUGACCCAUGCUCACAUUAUUCGUGGACCAGCAGAAAAUAAAGACGCCACAAAGGAG